CUUUCAUGCGGAGGUUGCUACUAUGCGAAGCGGAAGAACUCAGCCGAUGACGGUUCCUUCCUCCGAUUUGUUGCCGAUUGCCACCAGCAAAUCAGUCACGGUCAUAUGGUAUACAACCGGAGACCUGGCUGUGCACACUGCAUACCUGCCCUAUGAUAUUUAAAAGAGAGAGUGCAACAUGCUCCACUUUCUCUAAAGCAUAAGGAAAAACGUCUCUCCACUUCCCCCUUCUCCAUCUUACGUCUAGCAGACUCAUUUCCUUCCACACGCUGAUAAUCAGACACAUUCCGAGAUGCAUUUUGUGAAGACUCUGCUUUGCCUUGCUACCUUCCUCGGGUUCGUCAUGGCCCAGUCGAUGCAAAUCGUGUCACCUCCACCCGGGACUUCUCUGACCCCAGGCAAGAACGUCACUGUCGAACUACAGGCGGCGGACUCUACCUCGAACAUCGACUUCGUCGCCGUCGUGAUCGGGCUGCAGUCCUGCUCCUCGACGGGGUGCUACCCCCCUAACGUAGCUUUGGGUACCAUCCUAUACCAGGGUCCGUUCACUCCUCCGGCUGGACAAUUGACCGCCAACAUUUCCGUGAUGGUGCCGAGUUCGUUCGCGAGUGGGACUGCGCAACUGGGUGUGAUUAACUUCUAUCUGAUUGGGGUGAGUUUUUCUUUGUGUUGCAAUUUUGGGUGAUGUGAUUUUUGACUUGUGUGUGUGCUUUGUUACAGGCGGAGUUCGAGACAGGACUUCAAUACACGAACGAGACCGUGACCGUCUCUUAGGGGGCCCAAGUACUAGCCAUGGCGAGUGGAGAGGA